CUCUCUCUCUCUCUCGUUCGUUCGCUCGCUGCCCUCUCCCUCUCUCUCUCUCUUGCUGUUUGGGAUUUUAUUUUUCGAGUUUCUCCGGUGCAUGGCAGUGGGAUUGGUGUCGAAUGAGGUGUCGGACCUCUGCAUCGGGAAGCCAGCGCUGAGAACGCUGCCGCUAUCGGCGAUCACCGUCGGAGAAGCCCUAAUCGCACUCAGAAGAUCUGGCGAACGCCAGCUCGGUGUGUCCGGUGGAGGCGGGGACGUUGCGGAGAAGAAGACCGUUUUUGGGAAGAUCUCCGUCGCCGACAUCAUCUGCUACCUCUGUUCGGACGGAAACCUAGCGUCGCCGGCAGCCGCUCUCGAGCGGCCCGUCUCCGCCCUCCUUUCCGAGGACGCCGGCUUUGUUUGGCACGUCGAGCCGCAUUCUGGAUUGUUGGAAGCUGUUGAUCUGAUACUUGACGGGGCGCAGAACCUUGUUGUCCCCAUUCGCUACGCCGGCAGAAGGAAAAUCCAUUCUAGCGGUGGUGGCGGCGCCUCCGACUUCUGUUGGCUGACACAUGAGGACUUCGUUCGAUACUUCCUCAAUUCGAUCGCCCUCUUCUCACACAUCGCCGCUCUCUCCAUCGACGCACUCGGCCUCGUCCGCCCGGCCGACGCACUCUCCUUACGCAAUGACGAGCCUGGCCUCUCCAUCCUCCCCCUCAUCCGCCGCGCCCUCUCCGACCAGGCAGCCGUCGCGGUCGUCACCGACAAUGGCCGCCUUCUGGGCGAGAUCUCCCCCUCCGCUCUCUCCGCCUGCGACGCGACGCUCACCGCGGCCGCGGCCAUUGCCACCCUCACGGCGAGCGACCUCAUGGUCUUCAUCGAUUACUACGGCUCCCCACCCGAGUACCUUGUGCGCGCAAUCAAAGCCAGACUCAAAGAGCAGGGCCUGCAGGAGAUGCUCGAACUAAUAGAAGACGAGUUGUCCUCCUACUCAAACUCAUCCUCGCCUUCCACCACCUCCUCGUCCUCCGACGAGGAGUCUACUGGGGGAAAGCGGCUGCGGAGGAUCAAAUCAAGGAGCUUGUCCACGGCGAGAAGAUCCGAAGAGCCGGAGGUGUGCCACCCAGGAAGCUCCCUGGUGGCUGCAAUGGCUCAGGCCCUGGCUCAUCGAGUGAGCUACCUAUGGGUCGUCGACGAAGAUAACUACGGUCUUAUCGGUGUCGUCAACUUCUCUGACAUGCUCAGGGUCUUCAGGGAGCAGCUUCUGCCAUGACCCAGCCUUUUGGCAUGGCAAAGAGUUAUCCAUUCCCAAACAUUGCUUCGCUCUUCCACCCUUCAGUUUUUUCUAGUGUGGUGUUUCCACUGAUCUGUCUCUUCUUCAGGUUUCCUCGCAUUCCAAAAGUUCUUGGGGUUCAUAUCCACUUAUCAUCUACCAUCUCAUAAAUAUGUAUUUCAAAACCCUUGUCUGUUAUGUAUUAUUGAUAUCUGUGUUAUGUUGAA